AUGUACGGCUCACGCAAUGUCGACAUGGGCAAGCAGGAGUCGGAGCUUGCCAUCAACAUCCGCAAAGCUACCAGUAUAGACGAGACUGCGCCGAAGCGAAAGCACGUCCGCGCCGCCAUUGUCUACACAUGGGACCACAAGAACUCCGACUCGUUUUGGGCAGGCAUGAAAGUGCAACCCAUCCUGGCCGACGAGGUUCAGACGUUCAAGGCCCUCAUUACCAUACACAAGGUGCUCCAGGAGGGCCACCCCGUAGUACUCAAGCAGGCACAGACGCACAUUGGCUUCCUCGAGAGCCUUCAACGUGGCGUUUCCGGCGGCGAGGGCAUCAGAGGAUACGCCCCGCUGAUUUCCGAAUAUGUCUACUACCUCAUGGCCAAGCUGGCCUUCCACAGGCAGCACCCUGAGUUCAACGGCACCUUUGAGUAUGAGGAGUACAUCAGCUUGAAGUCCAUCAACGACCCCAACGAGGGUUACGAGACCAUCUCCGAUUUAAUGACCCUGCAGGACCAGAUUGACUCCUUCCAAAAGCUCAUCUUCUCUCACUUCCGCAACGGCUCCAACAAUGAGUGCCGCAUAUCCGCCCUUGUGCCGCUUGUGCAGGAGAGCUACGGCAUCUACAAGUUUAUCACCAGCAUGCUGCGCGCUAUGCACACCACCCUUGGCGAUGACGAGGCCCUCGCUCCUCUGCGUGGCCGUUAUGACGCUCAGCACUACCGCCUCGUCAAAUUUUACUAUGAGUGCUCCAAUCUCAGAUACCUCACCAGCUUGAUCACCGUACCCAAGCUUCCUCAGGACCCGCCCAAUCUUCUGUCAGAAGACGAGGAUCGUCCCGCCUUGCCCGCUAGACCUAAGAACGAGGAUACCCCGAAGCGCGCUGCCUCCGUCGACCCCGAGCCCAUCAAUGAAUUCUGGAAGAACGAGCAGAAGAGGCAGCAGGAGGAAUAUGAGGCCGAGCAGAGAAGGUUGGCCCAGCAGUGGGAAGAGGCCCAGCGCCGUCAGCAGGAAGAUCAAAUGCGUGCCCAGCAACAGUUUGAAGAGCAGCAAAGACUGGCAGCGGAGCAAGCGCGAAUGGCUCAAGAGCAGCUAGCGCGUGAUCAGUUCGCUCAGCAAACUCAGGGGCACAUGGCCGAGCUGGAGAGAGAGAACCUUGCUGCUCGCAACCAGUACCAGCAGGACCAGCUUUUGCUGCAGCAGUACGACGCCCGGGUAAAGGCCCUGGAGGGGGAGCUUAACUCCAUUCAGGGCAACUUUGCCCAGCAGUCUCAGUCAAAGGACGACCAGAUCCGCGCACUGCAGGAGCAGCUCAACACGUGGCGUAGCAAGUACGAGGCCCUUGCCAAGCUUUACUCCCAGCUGCGUCAUGAGCACUUGGAGCUCCUUCAGAAGUUCAAGGCGGUGCAGCUCAAGGCUGCCUCGGCCCAGGAGGCCAUUGAUCAGCGCGAGAAACUCCAGCGCGAGCUCAAGACCAAGAACCUCGAGCUGGCCGAUAUGAUCCGCGAACGUGACCGCGCUCUCCACGACAAAGACAGGACGACUGGCGGCCACAAGGACGAGGUCGAGAAACUGCAGCGUGAGUUGCGCCUGGCCCUGGACAGAGCCGACCAAUCAGACCGCAACAAGGGCUCUGAGCUCUCAGCAAUGCUUUCAAGACACAACCGCGAAAUCGCGGAUCUUGAGGAGGCACUGCGCAACAAGAACCGCCAACUUGAGGACGUGCAGUUGAGGUUCCGCGAGGGUGAUUCUGAGCUUGAGCGCCAACUGCGUGAGAAGGAAGAUGAGCUUGAGAUCUUCAAGGCAGGAAUGGAUCAAACGCUACUGGAGCUCAACGAGCUUAAGAUGAACCAGCAAGUGUCGAACACUGCCAGCGACGAAGUCUUCGACACGGUCAUUCUCGACAACCUCAGGAAGAUCAGCGAGAUAAUAGACUCCGUCUUGCAGAGUGGAGUGCAGCGCGUCGAUGAUGCCUUGUACGAACUCGACUCUUCGAUGCAAGCGGGUAACCAGAGUGCUUCUGGUCCUUAUGUCCUGUCUCAGAUAGAAAAGGCGGCAUCCUGCGCCAUGGAGUUCUCGACAGCCUUCAACAACUUCAUCGCGGACGGCCCGAACAGCACGCACGCCGAGAUCAUUCGCACCGUCAACAUUUUCUCUAGCUCAAUUGCCGAUGUACUGAGCAACACCAAGGGUCUCACGAGGUUUGCGUCGGACGAUAAGAAGGGCGACCAGCUCCUUGCUGCUGCACGCCACUCUGCUGAAUCAACGGUCGGCUUCUUCCGCUCGCUGCAAUCUUUCCGUCUGGAGGGUAUGGAGGAUCUGCAGAAGACGGACGUGGUCCUUAACUGCAACAGUGAGGUCCAGCUGAACCUGCAGAAGCUCUCGAAGCUCGCAGAUGCCUUCGCCCCGAAGAACAAGAUCUCCGCAAACGGGGGUGACCUGGGUGAUCUCGUCGACCGCGAGAUGGCCAACGCGGCAAAUGCCAUUCUCGCUGCCACGGAACGUCUUAGCAAGCUCAAGGACAGAUCGCGCGACUCGUACUCGACGUACGAGCUCAGGAUUCAUGACGCGAUCCUCGGCGCUGCCAUCGAGGUUACCAACGCCAUCGCCCGACUGAUCAAGGCGGCCACCGAGUCGCAGCAGGAAAUUGUGCGUGAGGGCAAGGGCACUUCCUCCCGGACGGCUUUCUACAAGAAGAACAACCGCUGGACCGAAGGCCUCAUCUCGGCUGCCAAGGCGGUGGCCAACUCGACAAACGUGCUCAUUGAGACAGCGGAUGGUGUCAUUGCCGGACGCAACAACCCUGAGCAAUUGAUUGUUGCAUCCAACAACGUGGCAGCAUCGACGGCGCAGCUUGUGGCAGCGUCACGCGUCAAGGCUAGCUUCAUGUCGAAGACGCAAGACCGCUUGGAGUCUGCCAGUAAGGCAGUCACCAUGGCAUGCCGUGCGCUUGUGCGGCAGGUUCAGGACAUCAUCAACGAGCGCAACCGCGAAGGAGAUGAAGCCGUGGACUACACCAAGCUUUCGGGCCACGAGUUCAAGGUCAGGGAGAUGGAGCAGCAGGUUGAGAUUCUGCAGCUCGAAAAUGCGCUCUCGGCGGCCAGAUUCCGUCUCGGUGAGAUGCGUAAGCUGUCUUACCAGGAGGAAUAG